AUGUUCGCUGGAUUUCAGAAAGGUUACACUCAUACAAACGGAGGGCUAUCAGACUACACAUAUUGUAACCCUAACGGGGAGUGGAAAAAUCAGAAACUUCAUUGUGCAAAGGCCUGCACGGACCCGGGCGUUGUGACAAACGCCACGAUAUCAGGAGACACAACCUUCAACUACUACACCUCCCUCAAAUACUCCUGUAAAACUGGGAACUAUCUGAACGGUUCUGAAACGCUAUACUGUGAGCAUACAGGAAACUGGAAUGCUUCCCUUCCUACCUGUAAUUACGUGCGAUGUGGCGAUCCACCGAAAAUAAACAACUCAACAGUUACGGUGCCUACUGAUCCUGACUAUGGCAAACAGAUUACCUAUACAUGUGACGAGGGGUUCGUGACCAGGAACCCUGUAGCAACUUGUGGUAAACAAGGUACGUGGGAGGGUGUUGAGACUCGGUGUGACAUUGUUAACUGUACCAAACCGGCUGAUGUUCAGAACGGUUCUUUCGACAACUUGGGAUCGACUAGUUUAUUCCCAUUCAAAACCAAAGUUGAUGUCAGUUGUGACAGAGGCUUCAAAAUAGACGGCUCGUCUUCGAUAUCCUGUAGAUCUAACGGGACCUGGUCUCAAACAUCUUGUACUCGAAUCGAGUGUCCUCAACCUGCUGCAGUUCCUGAUGGAGGUUCCAAUUACACUGCUCCAAUUCACGUCGAUGGAAGGGUUAAGUUUACCUGCAGUAAAGGAUUCCAAUUAAAUGAGCUUCAGUUGUUUUUUGAGCGGUCUUCAUAUCCUACUGAUAUGGUGAGAGAGGUCAUCAGUGAUGUCAGAUCGAUACCAAGAACUUUACAGUACAAGGCAAAGGAUCAGGGUCCCCCUUCUUUCACACCAUGGAUUGUUACAUUCGGUGCGGGCUAUGAGGAAACCAAGGAAAAGGCUAAAGAGGCCAGUAACAUCAUCUCAAAUAGCCGUACAUGGAGCAGUGAGAACCCUGAGAGGAUCCCUAAACUCCAAGUGGUGACCAGGCGAGCCCCUAACUUAAAGGACACUUUAUUCAAGAGAAAGAAGCUUGCCUUAGGUUCAGAGUCAAGAACAACUGACCCAUGCACCAAACCUGGUGAGAAGAAGAAAGGUAGCCCCACUAUCCAAUGUCUCGAGUCUGGUGACUGGUCUACAGUUCAGCCUACUUGCGAGGAGAUAUUCUGCUUACCUUUAACUGACCCGCUUCACGGACAAGUUGAAUACACAACCGGAACAUGGACUAUCACACUCGAUGGCUGCCUGCCAAACAACUGCUCAGCACCCCAGAUCGCUGAUGGAUCUGUUGAUAUUGACUUGCCAACAUACACCAAUGGAACUUCUUUAUUAAUCACUUGUGACCACAACUAUAAGAAUUCAGAUCAUCAGAAACCUUUCCAGAACAGCACCUUUAACGUGAACACAACUUACCAUAGUACCUGCCUGACUGGGUACGAAGGGAACUUAACUGUUCAUUGCAAUGAGACUGGCUUCUGGGAAUACGAUGGAACCUGCUCCUUGGUUGAUUGCCCUGAUCCUGAUUUCAUCCCAUUCUCAAAUCAAACUCAGUCAACUGUGAUUUAUCAUUGGAAUGACACUAUAACAUUAAGUUGCAUGAAUGGAAGUGAUUUAAACGGAAACAGUACUGUAAAAUGUCAGGAUGACGGCUCCUGGACAAAGUAUCCGCAGUGUUUGAGGAAAUGUGACUCCCCACAAAUAGCAAACAGUUUUCUUAAUGUGACAGAUGCGUAUGCUUAUGCGAGUUCAGAUGCCUUAAACGUGACGUGCAAUGACAAUGCGAAGCUCUAUGGCAACGCUUCCAUCACCUGUAGCAACGGAACUUGGUCAGACUUGCCUACCUGUCAGAUAUACAGAUGUUACUCUCCUUCAGUAGGAUCACAUGCUAACAUAGAGGAUGUUACUGAUUGCCUGAACGGAAGUGAUAUGUAUGGAAACGAAAUUAUUGAGUGCCAGCACAACGGUGCUUGGACAAAUCCUCCCCAGUGUCUUCAAAGAUGUUCUCUACCUGAUAUAUUCCCCAACGAAAUAUAUUUCAGUUGCCUGAACGGAAGUGAUAUGUAUGGAAACGAAACUAUUGAAUGUCAGCAUGAUGGUACCUGGACAAAUCCUCCCCAGUGUCUUCAGAGAUGUUCUCUACCUGAUAUAGCAAACAGUAACCUGACGAUGAACUCCACAGGUUUUGCAAAUAGCAGUAUGAUAAACGUGACAUGCAAUGAAAAUGCGAAACUCCAAGGCAACGCAUCCAUCACCUGUAGCAACGGAACUUGGUCAGACUUACCUACCUGUCAGAUAUACAGAUGUUACACUCCUUCAGUAAGAUCACAUGCUAACAUAGAGGAUGUUACUGAGUAUUUAAUAAACUCAGCUUAUAACGUUACAUGUGACAAAGGUUAUGAAGGUAGUGUUACAGCACAAUGUGAAAGUGAUGGGAAUUGGAAUAUAACAGGCUUCUGUGGAAUUCAAACAUGUCCCAACCCUAUUGAGAUCAGUAACUCGAAAGAUGUCUACAACACCUCGAUUGGCUACAGUUGGAAUGAUACUUUCACUUAUAGUUGCCUGAACGGAAGUGAUAUGUAUGGAAACGAAACUAUCAAAUGUCAGCAUGAUGGUACUUGGACAAAUCCUCCCCAGUGUCUUCAGAGAUGUUCUCAACCUGAUAUAGCAAACAGUAACCUGACAAUAAACUCCACAAGAUAUGAUGGUAGUGUUACAGCACAAUGUGAAAGUGAUGGGAAUUGGAAUAUAACAGGCGUCUGUGGUAUUCAGACAUGUCCCAACCCUAUUGAGAUCAGUAACUCGAAAGAUAUCUACAACACCUCAAUUAGCUACAGUUGGAAUGAUACUUUCGCCUAUAGUUGCCUGAACGGAAGUGAUAUGCAUGGAAACGAAACUAUUGAGUGUCAGCAUAAUGGUACCUGGACAAAUCCUCCCCAGUGUCUUCAGAGAUGUUCUCAACCUGAUAUAGCAAAUAGUAACCUGACAAUGAACUCCACAAGUUUUGCAAAUAGCAGUAUGAUAAACGUGACGUGCAAUAAAAAUGCGAAGCUCCAGGGAAACGCAUCCAUCACCUGUAGCAACGGAACUUGGUCAGACUUGCCUACUUGUCAGAUAUACAGAUGUUACACUCCUUCAGUAGGAUCACAUGCUAACAUAGAGGAUGUUACUGAGUAUAUUAUAAACUCUACUUACAAUGUUACUUGUGACAAGGGUUAUGAUGGAACUGUUACAGCAGAUGUAAAAGUGAUGGUAACUGGAAUAUCAGGCGUCUGUGGAAUUCAAACAUGUCCCAACCCUAUUGAGAUCAGUAACUCGAAAGAUGUCUACAACACCUCGAUUGGCUACAGUUGGAAUGAUACUUUCACUUAUAGUUGCCUGAACGGAAGUGAUAUGUAUGGAAACGAAACUAUCAAAUGUCAGCAUGAUGGUACUUGGACAAAUCCUCCCCAGUGUCUUCAGAGAUGUUCUCUACCUGAUAUAGCAAACAGUAACCUGACGAUGAACUCCACAGGUUUUGCAAAUAGCAGUAUGAUAAACGUGACAUGCAAUGAAAAUGCGAAACUCCAAGGCAACGCAUCCAUCACCUGUAGCAACGGAACUUGGUCAGACUUACCUACCUGUCAGAUAUACAGAUGUUACACUCCUUCAGUAAGAUCACAUGCUAACAUAGAGGAUGUUACUGAGUAUUUAAUAAACUCAGCUUAUAACGUUACAUGUGACAAAGGUUAUGAAGGUAGUGUUACAGCACAAUGUGAAAGUGAUGGGAAUUGGAAUAUAACAGGCUUCUGUGGAAUUCAAACAUGUCCCAACCCUAUUGAGAUCAGUAACUCGAAAGAUGUCUACAACACCUCGAUUGGCUACAGUUGGAAUGAUACUUUCACUUAUAGUUGCCUGAACGGAAGUGAUAUGUAUGGAAACGAAACUAUCAAAUGUCAGCAUGAUGGUACUUGGACAAAUCCUCCCCAGUGUCUUCAGAGAUGUUCUCUACCUGAUAUAGCAAACAGUAACCUGACAAUAAACUCCACAAGUUUUGCAAAUAGCAGUAUGAUAAACGUGACAUGCAAUGACAAUGCAAAACUCCAAGGCAACGCAUCCAUCACCUGUAGCAACGGAACUUGGUCAGACUUGCCUGCCUGUCAGAUAUACAGAUGUUACACUCCUUCAGUAGGAUCACAUGCUAACAUAGAGGAUGUUACUAAGUAUUUAAUAAACUUAGCUUAUAACGUUACAUGUGACAAAGGUUAUGAUGGAACUGUUACAGCACAAUGUGAAAGUGAUGGUAACUGGAAUAUAACAGGCGUCUGUGGUAUUCAGACAUGUCCCAACCCUAUUGAGAUCAGUAACUCGAAAGAUAUCUACAACACCUCGAUUAGCUACAGUUGGAAUGAUACUUUCGCCUAUAGUUGCCUGAACGGAAGUGAUAUGUAUGGAAACGAAACUAUUGAGUGUCAGCACAAUGGUACCUGGACAAAUCCUCCCCAGUGUCUUCAAAGAUGUUCUCUACCUGAUAUAGCAAAUAGUAACCUGACAAUGAACUCCACAAGUUUUGCAAAUAGCAGUAUGAUAAACGUGACAUGCAAUGACAAUGCAAAACUCCAAGACAACGCAUCCAUCACCUGUAGCAACGGAACUUGGUCAGACUUGCCUGCCUGUCAGAUAUACAGAUGUUACACUCCUUCAGUAGGAUCACAUGCUAACAUAGAGGAUGUUACUGAGUAUUUAAUAAACUCAGCUUAUAACGUUACAUGUGACAAAGGAUAUGAUGGUAGUGUUACAGCACAAUGUGAAAGUGAUGGGAAUUGGAAUAUAACAGGCGUCUGUGGUAUUCAGACAUGUCCCGACCCUAUUGAGAUCAGUAACUCGAAAGAUGUCUACAACACCUCGAUUGGCUACAGUUGGAAUGAUACUUUCACUUAUAGUUGCCUGAACGGAAGUGAUAUGUAUGGAAACGAAACUAUCAAAUGUCAGCAUGAUGGUACUUGGACAAAUCCUCCCCAGUGUCUUCAGAGAUGUUCUCUACCUGAUAUAGCAAACAGUAACCUGACAAUAAACUCCACAAGUUUUGCAAAUAGCAGUAUGAUAAACGUGACGUGCAAUGACAAUGCAAAACUCCAAGGCAACGCAUCCAUCACCUGUAGCAACGGAACUUGGUCAGACUUGCCUGCCUGUCAGAUAUACAGAUGUUACACUCCUUCAGUAGGAUCACAUGCUAACAUAGAGGAUGUUACUGAGUAUUUGAUAAACUCAGCUUAUAACGUUACAUGUGACAAAGGAUAUGAUGGUAGUGUUAAAGCACAAUGUGAAAGUGAUGGGAAUUGGAAUAUAACAGGCGUCUGUGGUAUUCAGACAUGUCCCAACCCUAUUGAGAUCAGUAACUCGAAAGAUAUCUACAACACCUCAAUUAGCUACAGUUGGAAUGAUACUUUCGCCUAUAGUUGCCUGAACGGAAGUGAUAUGUAUGGAAACGAAACUAUUGAGUGUCAGCACAAUGGUACCUGGACAAAUCCUCCCCAGUGUCUUCAAAGAUGUUCUCUACCUGAUAUAGCAAAUAGUAACCUGACAAUGAACUCCACAAGUUUUGCAAAUAGCAGUAUGAUAAACGUGACGUGCAAUAAAAAUGCGAAGCUCCAGGGAAACGCAUCCAUCACCUGUAGCAACGGAACUUGGUCAGACUUGCCUACCUGUCAGAUAUACAGAUGUUACACUCCUUCAGUAGGAUCACAUGCUAACAUAGAGGAUGUUACUGAGUAUUUAAUAAACUCUACUUACAAUGUUACCUGUGAGAAGGGAUAUGAUGGAACUGUUACAGCAGAAUGUGAAAGUGAUGGGAAUUGGAAUAUAACUGGCAUCUGUGGUAUUCAAACAUGUCCCAAUCCUUUGCACAUCUCAAAUUCAGAAGAUAACUACGAUUUGUCUAAAAACUACAGUUGGAAUGAUACGUUUGUCUACAGAUGUUUAAAUGGAAGCGAUAUGGAUGGAGCUGCCUUAAUCAUAUGUCAGCAUGAUGGAUCAUGGACAAAGUCACCUAAGUGUCUUAAAAGAUGUGCCAUUCCUACUUUGGACAACGUUAAUUUGACAUCCAUUACUCAUUCGAGCUUUACUGACGGAUCCACUGUGACAGUAACCUGUGUUGAUAAUGCAAAUCUCAUCGGAAACAGCACCAUAACCUGUUAUAACGGCACAUGGACCAAUCCACCUGAAUGUAAAAUCUUCAAAUGUGAUCCACCCUCUUUAAAGCAGCACAUCACUAUAGAAACGGUUGCCAUCUACCAAGUGAACACCUCCUAUGACCUAAAGUGUGAAAUGGGCUACCAUAAAGAUACUGAUCUAUCACUAUUAGCACGUUGUAAUGUGGAGGGAGAAUGGGAGAUGGAGGGGACUUGUUUCAUUGAUUCAUGUGGACUUGCUCCUGAUGUUCCCUACUCGUCACACACUGGAAGUUCCUAUCUUUAUCAUGAUUACUACUAUAACGAUACCCUCUUUUACACAUGCAGCAACAUCACUGAAAUGGAUGGUGUUAGUAAGGUUAGUUGUCAAGCUGGUGGCACUUGGACCUCUCCACCAGUAUGUGUGAGGCUAUGUCUGGACACUCCACCAGCUUUAGUUCAUGGAGAAUACUCAGCCACUGGGAAUAGACUCAAUGAUACAGUGGCUUACACUUGUGAUACUGGAUACACCAUCGCAGAGAACGAGACUGAUGUGCUACGUUGUGCUGAAUCUUAUGACUGGGAACCCAGACAUCCUGGAAACUGUUCUAGAAAGCUUUGUGGAUAUCUUUCUGAAGUGAAGAACGGGGAAAUCGUUGAUAACAAAAUUAACCUUUAUUAUAACGAUUCAGCUUCCUAUCAAUGUAACUUCGGUUACCGAAUGGACGGAAAAUCCGUGGUCACAUGUCUCGCUACUGGCUAUCUAUCGGAGACCCCUUCGUGCGUAUUUGAUGGUUGCAGAGUACCUAAAGUAAAGAAUGGUGUCUGGUUGGGAGAGGAAGCACCUGGAGAACCUCUGGAGAUGCAGUGUGAUGACGGGUAUCUUCAAACUCUCGGAAUCAUAAGUAUUAUCUGUUCCUCUGCUGACAGAGAGUUCGAAAACAUUGCAGAAUGUGUAAAAGAAUCAAAGAGUGGCUUUGUAUCAGCUUUGACAAGUUCUACUGGAAUAAGCAUAACAAGCGUCAUUAUCGUCGUCUUUACUGCGUGUUUGGUUGGGAGUGUUUACAUUUUCACAAAGAAAAAAGUGGCUGAUCCUAGCAUGGGUAACGGAGGUCAUCCUAAAAAUGGGAUACCAAUGAGUUUUGUUAACCACGGCUGUGAUGUAGAGGAUCUAGUCAAUGAAAAAAGGGAUAGGAUGCAGUCGAUAAUUUUUAUUAAGAAUGCCGAAAACUUAACAAUCUACGGGAAUGAAGGACAUCCUACUUCAACACCAUCCGCUUCAACUGUAAAGUUGAAUCCCCUAUUUGAGGAUAAAUCUCAGGUUUCCUCUCAUUCAAUUGGCGAUGCUGCAAUUGAUAGAACACCAGGAAGGAAGUGGGUAAAGCCGACACCUUUAGCUCUACCUGAGGGAUAUAAACCCCACCUUCCAGACUUAGAUAGUAUGUUUAUGGUAGAGGACUCCUGAAAUUCUUCAUUGAUCGAUUGCUUAAUUGACAUUUAGGUAGGAUAUAGUUAUAACUGGAUGCUUCGA